AUGCCCGGAUCUUCGAAGAAAAUCACACGAUUAGAAAAAGAAGCUUUCCUACGGGCUAAAGAUUCGGAAUAUAAACGUGAACAAUCUGCAUAUUUAUUAACAAAUGAUUACGAUGACGACGAAGCAUUUGAGAACGAACGUCAUCGACGUUUCACAAAAAUCCGACAAACGCAUCAAAUCGAACGAGAAAUCGGCCAUCAAGUAGGUCUGAUUGACAAAAUGAAAGACCGACGAGAAGCUGAAGUACACAAAAAGCAAGUUGCAACAACUCGAAGUUUCAUUGCAUCUUUACCUCCGCCAUCGAAACCAACACCAUCGGCAUCAUCGUCGUCAUUGGCACCUGCAGUAAAAACCGAACGAAUACGUCGUAGCGUGCAAAUAAAAGAAAAAUAUUCUACUGAAAAUUGGGUACCUGCUCCACCUAGAAUGAGUGAACGACGAUCAUCGAAUUAUACAUUUACUCAUCCAACUGAUAGAAUCUAUAAAUCAGAACUUAUCUUGGCACCAUCAAAUUCAAUAUCAACAAAAAAUCCUGUUGAUAAGUGUCACAAAUGUAGCGGUAUCAUUAGUCGACAAACUGACAAUGACAUUAAAUUCAACAAUCGAAUUUAUCAUACUUAUUGUUUUUCAUGUUCGAUUUGCCGUGUCAAUCUGGGUUUAAGGGAUGAGAAAACAUUUUUACUAGAUAAUAACGGUGAACCAAUUUGUAAAAGCUGCUCAUCAAGUAGAAUCAAGCAGUGUCAAACAUGUCGACAAGCAGUUAUAUCCGAACGAUACAUUCAUUUCGACGAGAAUGAUUAUCACCGAGAAUGUUUCAACUGUUAUCAAUGCCGUCGACCUUUAGUUGAUCAACUAAAUAUUCGUGUCCAGAACACUCGGCCAUGUUGCGAUCAAUGCUAUGAUGAAAAAUUUGCCUCGCGAUGCUACGUAUGCAAUCAGACAAUCCCAGCAGGUCAAUAUACAACGUACAAAGGCAAUAAGUAUCAUUUAGAUUGUUUCAAAUGUUCGUUUUGUCAAAGUGUUAUUCGAGAAAUGGAAUUUCCAGCGUAUAAUAACAAACCUUGUUGUGAACGAUGUUAUCAGGAAAGAUUUGCACCGAAAUGCAUGCAAUGUUCCAAGGCGAUUCUUGGAGAAAAAGCGGUGAUUUUCAAUGAGAAUAAGUAUCAUGCCGAUUGUUUUCGUUGCUGUCAAUGUUAUCAACCGAUCACGGAAGCAAAAUUUCAUAUGCAUAAUUACAAACCAUGCUGUAAUGGAUGUUUUGACAAAAAUAUUGCACCGCAAUGUCAACAAUGUUUACGAGCGAUUUCGGUGGGUAAAUCAGUUAUUUACAAUGGGAAAAGUUAUCAUCCUGAUUGCUUUCGUUGUGGUCAAUGUCGAAAGAUUAUGUACGAAAGCAAAUUUUAUCAAGUUGAUAAUAAACCUUGCUGCAGUGAAUGUCAUGAGAAGAAAUUCACCUCGAGAUGCGGAAAAUGCGAUCGAUCUAUUGUUGAUUUUUAUACAACAUAUAAAGGCAAACAUUAUCAUAUUCAUUGCUUUGUUUGUUCGAAGUGUCGCCGCAUUAUUGAUGAAAAUGAGAAAUUUUAUGAUGAUAAGUAUGGUAUUUUAUGUUCGCGAUGUUGCCUUUAA